AGUGUGUCUUUUGAAGACGCACACAACCACAAUCCCCGAAGGAAUAGGUUGACGAAAGGAUUUGAAGUCAGCAAUGCAGUUUAAAUUAAGUUAAUAUUAGGCUAAAUGUUAAAUUGACACUGUCAUGUAAAGUAAUUACCUUUUUACACUCCUAUCGGUCAUGCAGGUCUCGCGGAUCCGCGCUGCGCGUAAAAGCGAGUGGCUCAAAUGCGCGCUCGCGCACCACUUCAGCCCAGAAUCAGAUCCCUGCGUGGAAAACGAGAUCGUGGUUUUGGCCACCGGUGUGGACCAGUACCUCCAGGAGGUGUUUCAUCACCUCGCCUUUUCCAACGGCGAUCUCGUUUCGAAUGAGGACUUUAGGGGUCUGUGUUUGAUUUUGGGAUUCCCCGCGAGCGCGGAGACUGAGAACGUCACCUCAGAGCACCGGGACAUUUGCGAUGGACUUCCUCGUCUGCUUAACUUUAAAGAAUUCCACGCACGACUAUGUGGAUUUUUCUCGCUAAAAGCGCAGAAAGGGCAGAAGGGAGUUCGACUUCCGGUCAGUGAGGAGACCGAGCACAUCGAGCGCGAGAUCAGACUCCGGUGUCCCCGCGUCCGGAGGAGAAAGUGCGUCAGUUUUGAUCUGUCUGCAGACCAACAGGUCCGGAAGGGGUCAAUGAGGAGUCCAGCAUCAUCUCAGAGUCCGGAUCAUCUGCAGAGUUCUGCUGCGGAAGCCAAGAGAAACACAGGCUGUUUUUUGUUGUGUUUAGGCAUUACUGUGGCAGUGGAUAUUAACUUUCAGAGAAGAUGGCAGGAUCAGCUAGAGCUGGAGAACGCCAGUCUGAGGGAGCUGGUGGAGGAUCUGCGUUCAGCCCUCCAGAGCAGCGACGCGCGGUGUUUGGCACUGGAGGUCGCGUUACGCCGAAGAGACAUGCCGUCCCAAAAUACUGCUGAAACCCAAAACUGCAAAACAAAAACACAGCAAUCCAAACACAUGGAAUGGGACUCCAGAAGAAGCACUAAAGACCUUCUACGAGAGCUGGAACUGAUCCGUGCUUCACGUGAUGGACAGCUGGAGGAAGCCAUGAGGUUUAACCAGAGGUUAGAGGAAGAGCUGAUGGCAGCUUAUGGAGAGAUUAGCAGGAUGCAGGAGCUGCUGGACAGCGUCCGGACUGAAAACACACGGAUUAAGAAGAGGACUGAAGAGGUCAGAGAGUCACUGGCUGCAGGGCUGCAGGGGGUGAGGGCCUUACAAGAGCAGGCUCAACGAGCUCAGAGUCUGGAGAGCCAGCUGGAGAUGUUCAGGGCCCAGUGCACCUGUGUAAAGCUAAAUAUGAACAAAACCGAAAUACUAGCUGAACCAUGUGGUCCUGGAUUCCCCUCCCCAACCAGUCAUGAUGAUGGCAGAAGAGAAGAAGACCUGCAGAGGUCAGUAGAGGGUUGUGCAGCAUCCGACGAGGAAGAGGAGGAGAGGGGCAUGGAUGAAGGACAAUGCUGCCACCUGCAGGUGAAACAGCUCAUCAACAGAUUACACUGCUGUGCCAAAGGGUGUCAGAAAGCUGCUAUCUGUAACUGGCUUGUUUCUCAGAGCUCCGCUCACAGCAAAGAACCUAAAGCACGUGUGUGGAUUCCUCAAGCAGAUGAGAGGAGAAAUGAAGCAGGAAAUAUGAAGCAGAAAGAGGUAGAGAGUUUGAAAGUUUAUCCUUCACCGCUGGAGGAGAGACUGACUGACACGCUCACAUUACUGCUGCAGAUCCCACAUAAAAGAGUCUCUCGCAGGAUCUUGGGGAAAAUAUUAGUCAACACACUAGAUCUGUGUACUAGAAAAAGCCACGACUGCACUCCGGUAGUUCAGGUGGUGGACACACUGUGUGGGCAGCUCCUCUCCAGUGACCUCUUGGAUGGAGGAGAGGAGGUCAGCGUUGGGUCACGACCUUCUGUGACCUCAGGUCACCAGAACACGUCCAAACCCCUUCUGAUGUCCUGUUGAGAGCUCACUGAUGCCCCACUUAAGACGCUUUCCAUCAGCAUACAAAUUGUCAUUUUAAAGGCACAAGUGAUUACCAAAGUUGUUGUAAUAAAAAUUAGCGAACAAAUAUUUUUCAUUAAUUUAUAAGAAAUAAAUGAGCACUAGUAAAACAAUACCACAUUUGGUGCCUGACCAGCUUUCUUAAUUUAAAAUAAAUCCCAUUCUGGGUUACUUAAUUAUUUUUAUGUUUAUUUUUAAUUAUUUCUAAUUAUUGCAAAAAAAAUAUUAAAGACACCACAACUCAGGGUUUUAAAGCAACUGUAUGUAAACUUUUUUUUUUAUUAAGUGAUGGAUGCUUUUGAAACACUGCUUUGAAUGCGUUGUGAAUCAUUUGUUUGAACCCAUAAUUUUGAGCGAAUGUCAAACUGCCCAAGUCACGUAACGUCAGUAAACAAUGAUUCGGAUGACAUUUACAUUUAUUCAUUUAGCAGACACUUUUAUUCUAAGCAACUUUACAAACACCCCCCACAGAUGAACCAUUAUCUAGUUUUUACCUGAUCUCAGCUCAGUUUUACACAUUUGUAUUAUUUAUUAUUUUUUAUAUAAAAACAUGUAUAAAACAUGUAUAGUGUUCCUGUGGCUUGGUGGUAGAGCAUUGUGUUAGCAGUGCAAAAGGUUGUGGGUUCAAUUCCAAGGGAACAUGCAUACUGAUAAAAAAAUGUUUAGCCUGAAUGUACUGUAAGUUGCUUUGGAUAAAAGCAUCUGCCAAAUGCAUAAAUGCAGAUGCAUAAUUAAAAGGAACAGUGGUAGUAGUUUACAGACUAUUAUUGGGCUGUUUAGACAAGCCCUCCAUAAAACAAACAAAACAAGCCCUGAAUUGAUAAAAGAACACAUAUUAUAUAAGAAACUUAAUGUUUAAUAUUCAGCAAUGUAUUUGCAACGAGUUUGUAAAAGCCUGGGUUUAUGCUGCAUUUACACGUUCUGACCAGCAGGCGUCACCAGUGUGGCGUCUUGAACACUUCGAAACAGUGAAUCAUUUUUGCAAAGCAAUUGAUUCAGAUGAUUCAAAAGUUCGAAAAGGCAUGUUUCUCCCAUCACAUAUAAGUAUGUAGUAUGUAAGUUUGGUGAACAGGUAUGAAAUUAGGUGAAAAUGGUGGACUGAUUUAAGACAGCAACAAAGUACAACUGAAGACUUUACAUGUACCAGACUUUUAAAUAACUGAUUUUCCUUGAAAAGGACUUUAAUACAGCUAUCCACUGUAAUUAUGACAGUUAAUUCCACUCACUUCACUGUAGGGGCUCAUAAGUCACAAUAAAAUGAACAAAGUUAUGUACAGUUGCUUGUAUUUACAUGUUCCAAAUUGUGGUAAGAAAUGUCAAAAGUCAUAUAUAAUAAAUAAUCUUUUCUUACAAUAGUUAGUUUGACCUCUUGAGGUGGACAAACAUCACUUUCUCACAAAAU